UUUUUGCUCACUGGGAAAUGCCCUUUCAGUCAAAAAGAAAAACGACGGCGGCCUCUUUCUUCUUUCACCGCAGACGAUAAUGAUAACGAGAAUAUCCUAAAACCGUGUCGAUUGCCCGAGUGUUUUCUUUCACUAAGACUAGAUACAUCUUUUUUAAAGCCUUUAUCGUACUGAGCGUAUGUUUGGUCGGAGUGUGGUUAGAGCGUUCGUCUAAAAACAGGGCCGAAGCCAAAACCGUUCAUAAACAAAACGUAGUGCGUCGUGUGGUUGUAGGGGAAGGGUGGUGGCGGCGUCGGAUAGACAGAGGCGUACAAGGAAAGGAAGUCAUGCAUCCGGAUCGUCGACUGUACCUUCUGGUGGUGUACAUAUUCGCGAUACAUCUCCGGAUGUCUAUCGGAGGUAACCCGCGGGACAGUGCCCAGGUCAGUGCCCGGAAUGCACCGAACAAUGCCACCAAUAGCAGCAGUAGUGUGAGAAACAGUAGCAGCACCAACAUUGCCUGUCGGGAGGAUGUGCUCGACCAGUGCCCCCCGAAUGCAUCAUGUGAUAAGGGUCAGUGUGUUUGUCUUUUCGGCUACAAGCUGAAUCCCGCCUAUCACGGGAAGAACACCACCAAUAGUCUGUCUCCUACACCAGUUCCGAGCACCAAUGUUGCCUACACUACCACGUACUGUCUGCCAGAUGAUACUGGCGCCAAAGCAACCUCUCUCCACGGAGGAACCAGCGCCAAUAGCAACAAAGUACCGGGCGAAGCUGGUGGUACGGAUGGGGAUGGUGGAAACACGGGACAGCUUCCACUGAGGGAACCGAUCGAAGCGCAUCACAUCCUCGGUGGCGUACUGAUACCGCUCGCCUUCGUGGUGAUACUGGUGGGCAGUGCAGUCCUGGCCAAGCGUGCCGCGCUCUGGUCCCGACUGCGGCAACGGUACGCGGCGCACCGAAAUCGCCACCGACGACGGCCCGCUUACGAAGACGUGGUGCUAGUCACUCCGUCAGUAGAGCACCACCGUUGAGGUCGUAUUGCUACGGUUGGUGUGAGCAUGUCCAAUCUAGUGCGUAGCUGUUGAUCAGUGUGCUUGUCGGAUUUUCCGUAUAGAGUAGAUCUCUGUCUGGUUUUGGUUCCUUCAAAGCCAGCUGACUCCCCAUCAUCUCCCCCGAGUCUCUGAUAUCCCGGAAAAAGGCAAAGCAUUGCAGUGCACCUUUUAACAACAAACCUUCGACACAUUUACAUCAAGCGUAACUCUCUCUCUCUCUUUCUCUGUUUCUCUCUUACUCUCUGUUCUCUUCUUUCUCUGUUUUAACUACUCCUUUACGUUACUAACAACCCCCAACUAACCACCAACCGAUACCAACCAUCCAAAACAACGACCGACAACGACCGAUAUUGCAGUAGGCUUUGAGCCACAGACGGGCAGGCUUUGAGAACGCCAAAGAGAACUUUGCCACGUGGAGGGGUGUUGUGAAUUUAAGUAGAUAUGCUUGUGCUGAUAAAGCGCCCUUCAGCGCGCACCUCCUCCAACCUACGUUCCUUACCGAAAUUGCGCGUUCCAUAAAUACGCCGGUGGUGUGUACGAAGAGAUCUUAAUCUUAAGUUAAAGUUAUUGAGUGAAAAGGCAGGAUAAUCGAUCCAGAGGCGGCACGGUGAUGGCGGAUGGCGGUUGCUAAGAAACGCACAGGAGGCAGCGAUGAUAGUAGAAUCAUGCCAAAAAAUUGUAGAACUAGAAGUUGUAAGCGAUAUGAUGAAGCUGAAGGAGCCAUUUGGAGCCAAUAUUCGUGGCGAAAGCGCACAAAACAAAUGCCUCAUGCGAAACUAGAUAGCGUAGCGUGUUGGACACACAAUCGCACAUCCAAAACGAACGAAACAAAGGAACUGCGCGCAAAGUCAUAAGAAUUUAGAAUACUUGAACCGGUUGAGAGAUUAUAGAAGACCGAAGCGAUGUUUGAGGGAUCAGUUCUCCACAUCAUUCAUCGGAGGUCAUUUGAAUCAGAGAUUUUUCUUCCUUCCAGAGGAGCAUAAAGUAAUAUAACACAAUAAUUUAGAAUAUAGGCGAGAAACAAGCAUACGCAUACAGGUGUCUGUGUGUUGUGGGGGGACGAAGCUCUAGUUGUAUAAGAUUUCAUACGAUAUAGGUUCCUUUUAACAGGCGUCACAGGUUACAUACAAGCAUGAGAUGAGCAUGAGAUAGGAACGAACGGACGGGAGUGUACAGUAUCAAAACACGAUCUACUAAACGCAUUUCAGGAAGGGCAUAUCACUGUAUUUGGGGGGAAAGGAAUCGCGCGGAAUAAUGUAGGAGGAAUUGUAUUAAAGGAAGAAGAUGGGGCGUACAUAAUUUCUAGUAACCACCACCAGCUAUGUCACGGUUUCUUCCUUUUCCCCCACGACACAUUCCCAUAUCAUUAGAGAGUUACUUUUUAUCGUUUUUUUUUCUCUUGCGUCUCUUCAUCUACUUAUCUACCACUAUUACUACUACUGCAUUGAGCCAUAAUUUUCGUCAUACCAAAAAUAUGUAUUCUGUGAUAAAUUUCAAUAAAUGUCUAUAUUUUUAAGAGGGUAAAA